ACGGACCUAAAUAUACAUUGGUAACAUUACUCUUGCGUUUCUCGAUUGGGAUCCCCACUACCAAAAGGAACAAGGAAAAGCAAAACUCCACUGGAAUGGCGCACCAAGAAAAAUCCCCCCUCCCACCUCACGUGCUAAUCUUCCCCUUUCCCCUCCAAGGUCAUGUAAACUCCAUGCUCAAGCUCGCCGAGCUCCUCUCCCUCGCCGCCGUCCACGUCACCUUCCUCCUCUCCGACUUCAGUCACCGCCGCCUCCUCCGCCACACCGACACCCACUCGCGGUUCUCCCGGUACCCCGGGUUCCGGUUCGAGACCAUCUCCGACGGCCUCCCCGACGACCACCCGCGCGCCGGCGAGAGGAUCAGGGACUUCAUGCCUUCGUUGAAGAACGUGAUGGGGCCGCUGUUCGAGGAGAUGAUGGUGGCCUCCGAUUGCCUGAGGUCUGAAGAUAGGCGGCCGGUGACGUGUAUCAUAGCCGAUGGGAUUUUGAGUUUCGCCGGCGAUUUUGCACUGGAAAAGGGUAUCCCGCUUGUUUAUUUCCGUACGAUUAGUGCUUGUGCUUUCUGGGCUUACUUCUGUUUUCAGGAAGUCAUUGAAGCUGGUGAAGUUCCACUCAAAGGAAAUGGAAUGGACUUACUGGUAAAGAGUGUACCCGGAAUGGAAGGAUUUCUCCGGCGCCGCGACUUGCCCGGAUUCUGUCGGGUCGACGAAGUAUCAGACCCACUUUUCCAAGUAAUAAAUACCGAGACCGGACAAACCACUCGAGCAGAAGCCUUAAUUCUCAACACCUUCGAAACCUUAGAAGGACCCUUUCUCUCUCACAUUCAGACCCGAAUGCCCAAUCUCUUCACAAUCGGACCACUCCACGCCCACCUGAAAACUCGACUCUUAGAGGAAAAAACCACUACCACCACAUUGCCGUUGACAACGGCCUCUGGUAGCUUCUGGGAAGAAGAUCGAUCCUGCAUUGAGUGGCUCGACAGAAAAACCCCAAAAUCAGUUGUCUACGUGAGCUUCGGAAGCAUUACAGUUUUGUCAAGGGACCAACUCAUGGAGUUUUGGUAUGGGUUGGUAAACAGCGGGCAACACUUUUUAUGGGUUAUGAGGCCGGACUCCAUUGCCGGAAAAGAUGGGGAGAGUCAGAUUCCGGCGGAGAUUUUGGAGGGUACAAAGGAAAAGGGUUACAUGGUUGGGUGGGCUCCACAGGAGGAGGUCUUGAACCAUGGCGCUAUUGGUGGGUUUUUGACACACAAUGGGUGGAACUCGACUUUGGAAAGUAUAGUUGUGGGAGUGCCGAUGAUUUGUUGGCCUUACUUUGCUGAUCAGAUGAUUAAUAGUAGAUUUGUGAGCGAGGUGUGGAAGAUUGGACUCGAUAUGAAAGAUACUUGUGAUCGAGUUGUAAUCGAGAAGAUGGUUAGAGAUCUGAUGGUUGUGAGGAAAGAUGAGUUCAUCCAAUCGGCAGAUCGAAUGGCCAAGAUGGCAAAAGAAGCUGUGUGCGGAGGUGGAUCGUCGUAUUGCAACUUAGACCGUUUUAUUGAAUACAUCAAAUCCAUGAUUGUCUGAGCAAGUGGCUGAUGUGCACACUCUUUAUUUGGAACAUACCAUGUGCACCCUAUUUUAAGCCCUUGGAUGAUAUCCAUUGCAUCUCAGACAUUGAAUAAUUAAAAGGUUAAAACUGGGUACCUCAUUAGUGGUCAGAAGACUAAUUUUCACUUUUAUCCCCUUUUAAGUAUUUAAUUUCUGUCCAUUUGUCUUCAAUAUGUCAAUUUAACCUAUUCAAUCCUUGAAUUAUUAAUAUCGGUGUCUAUUGAGUAA